ACCCGCUUGGCAGUCUUGACAAAUCCAUUGACUGGUUUCAUCUUUACCAGCGUAUUCUAAUAAUUUUUCUCAGUAUUUUAUUGUUUCCAAUGUCGAGACACCUAAAUUUUAUUGUCAACUCCUCCCCCCCUGCCGACAAAAAAAGAAAGAAAAAAAAAUUAACCCUGUGCUAUGCACGUCCACGUUUAGAAAUGCCUAACGACGAGUUGUUAAUUAAAAAAGGGGAUACCAAGGUGAAUUCAUUAGGCGGCGCUGACAGACUCUCAGAAGAUGGUUUAUACAUCUCUUCAACUGGUCCAUUGACUCAUAGUGUAGUAAAGCCCUACCAAGUGGGGCACCAACGAGCAAUGGACACCCAUAAAGUCUCCAAAAUUCCCCAAAACCUCCUGGAAAUGGCAAUCCGUGAGGUGAAUAUCAUCUCUUCAGACCAAUCAAAGUCCUUGGAAAUAAAUUCAGUGUCAGUGCUCUACCGCGAAAAAGUCAUUUGCAAAAUAGUGAGUCCUUUCAAUAGAAAGUUAUACAAACUGCUGGUGAAUAAUUCUCUAGAAUCAAACAAUUUAUCACUGAGAGUGCAAUCUCGCGAGGGCCACUGCAGCGAUUUGCCGUUUCCAUUACCGACGAGAUGUGUUAAAGAUAAAAAAUUGCAGAUUGAUUUCUCAAUGAAGGACCAAUCAGGUAUAUCUCACUCAGGAACUCUCAUGUACACGAUAUCUCUGUCAAUUGAAGGGGGCUCCUACCUUCCAAUGAUCUCAUGCAAGCCUACUGAGACUAACGAUCCGAAUGAUCCCCAAAACUCUCUCUCCCUUCUCAAAAUAAGGCGAAAGAUGAUGAAUAAACACGUGAGAUACUUUAGCUUAGAGGAGCAAGCCUCGAGCCUCCAAUAUGAUAAACCACUAUUGCAUUUACAAACCAAUGAGAAGAAAAAAGAUGGUCGACCGCUCGGAGAUGUGAUGGUCCUCGAACAGCCAGUGUUCUCGUUUAUGUCUCUAUGGGACAUCUCGUUUGGCAACUGGUUACAAGCGAGACGGCCACUCAGACCAUCGUCAGGUACAUCCGGCCCAAAAUUCCGAGGCGCAUGUGAGCCAGUCUUGAGCAUAACUGUAUUGAGGGGUGUGGAGGUGCCAGUGCGUGAAGAAUCGACGCUAGUUCAGCCAAUAGUUGAAAUUGAGUGGGGAGAGUUGAGGCAGGCGACCAGUGCCUCCGAAGGGGCUAGCCCAGUUUGGCAGCAUACCAUCCAUUUUUCCAGACCCUCUCGUCGAAGAGAUUCUAACAUAAAAUUGUCUCUUUAUGAUCAGCACCCUGUGUGGGGCCUUCAGUGGCUGGGGGCGUCAAUCAUUCCCCUGGAGUUGACCCGUAACUACCAACAAGUUGAGAGAUGGAUUGGCCUCUCACCGUUAAUCAGUCCCGUCGUUCGUUUGGGUUACGUCCAGGCGAGCCCAAUGCGUUCGUACACCAGAAUUUACAUAUUAAUGAGGAUGGAGAGACUGACUAAUGGGGAGAGCUUGGAGAUGAGCUCUCUGGAGAAUCUCUCUAGAGCCAUUCAACGGUGUCUACUUAUUCCGUAUAAAAUACCCGGAACUGAUACAACCGAGGACGCUGCAAGAUUGGCCAUGCUACUGACUCCCUUACCUUCCCAGUAUGGACCAUUGACACCCAGGCAGGCCUUCAAACUCAAUAAAAUCGAUCAUUUUGGACGAGCUGCAUUACUGGCCACUCUCCUUCGAGGACUGGGGCUUGAGGCUUACGUUCUAAUUGGCACUUCUCAAGCAAGAAAUUGGGCAGGUUUUGUUAUUUCGCUCAAUGAUAAAAACCAACAUGUUCUGUGGGAUCCAGAGAAUGGUGAACAAUACAAUUUUGGGGAUUCUAGGUGCUCUAUCAUCAAAGUUUUGAGGAUGAUAAGUCAUCAGAAUGUCUGGAAGAACCUUCAGAAAACAUCAACUAUAUCAGAUAUAAAAUUCAACACGAAAAUAGCGAGUGAGUGGCAAGCAUUGGGUACAUUGUCAAGUGCCCCCCCAGGGCACGAGCCUCAAAUUCUGGAGAUAGAAGACGGUGUAUUGAGAAAUCCUGAUCAAGAGAAAGAUGCGCACCUCGAGAUAGAGAAUCACUUGAAAGACAGAUUGUCGCAAUGGAGAAGUGGAAUGGGCUUGACAACGGUCUUCAAUCGACAUGCAAUGUCUCUCCUUCGAGGAUUCCUCUUGAAAUUAUCGAGCCGUAAUGACGGACAGCUUGAGAAAAAAGAUUUAAGACAGCUUUAUCAUGCUUAUCACCUUCACGGCUUCGUACUCAAUCUUCGUUGGUCGCCAAUGGACGAAUUACUAGAAUUAUUCGCUUCCACGCGACUCCAAGAGGUUACGGGACCUGUAGAAUUCGCUCUAGUUUGUCAUUUGCAGCGUUAUGUGGCCAAAACCUCAUCACUGUGGUUAGCUGUUUUAAUAUUAAAAAACCGAGACUGAUGAAAUAAACCAGUGUUCAAUAAUUAUCUAUGCAACUGACAAUUGGACAAUGAUAAACAUAACAAUAUUUUAUUGCCUAAGAUUUCAUUAUCAGCUUGGAAAAAAUAUAUAUUAUAAAUAUAUAUAUGUGAAAGUACACAAGAGAGUAAUUCAACUGAAUUAUUUUGCUUAUUUUAGUCCAUUGAGCAAGAUGACUUGCUGAAUUAAUUAAAAAAAAUAAAAUAAAAACACUUUUUUUUCUGACUACCUGGAGGGAAAUAAACAUAAUGUGAAACUAAUAACAUAUGUACGAUCUAAUGGUAUUAUUUGUGCCCAUUGAAGGCAGAUUGCUGGAAUUUUAUUCGCAUUGUCUUCUUCUACUGCGAUUCAAUACACGAUCGAACAUUGCGAAAUCUUACAUUGUAGUCCCUGGUAUGUAAUUGUACACGUUUCGUGAACUCUUUAUCUUUUAGAUUUAAUUCAAUCAUUUGUUCUGUAGAAAAAUUGGAAAAAACUCCAACUUGUUGAAAUUAAUUCGUCUUUUCCUAAUGAAUCACUUAGAUAUUGGUGGCUUUUUCCCCUAAUUAUUGAUAAAAAUUCUUUUUUACUAUUGAAUCGGAGAUUUCCGCAAAUUCGAUUAUGGCAGUGAGACAAGCAUAAAUUGUUCUCAAACGCCUUAAAACCUGAUUUUGGAUACGAAAAAACAAUAACGAGAUAAAUAGCCCUUUGAAGUAUCAAUUAUAAAUGCAAUCACAUUCAACGCUGGCCACGUCUUUGUGUGGAAUUUCCAUUUCCCAUGCAUUGGAAUAUUUUUUCUGCGCAAAUCAGCAUUAAUCUAAGACAAUAAAUUAUAUUUCAACCACUCACUCAAUCGGUCACGCGCCGAGCGACACUUAAAUUAAUAUCCUUCUCUUUUUUUUUCGUCCAUAAAAACAAGAAAAAUAUCACCAUGAGGCGAGAAAUAAUUGACUUCCCAUUUGUUUAAUUUCCGUGCAUGCCCCUGUCCCGGAUAAACUACCUACAUAAUAUAUACACAAAUUUUUGCAACCUAUUAUCCUAUUUCUCACUUCAGGGUGACAAAAAAAUUAGAGUGAAGAUAGAAAAAAAAAA